ACCUAUAUAUGAAAUGUUUACCAAAACACCCUUGGUGAAAAUGGAUUAGAACAAGGUGUAAUAUAUGAAAGAAAUGGGAAUCUAAGAUUGUUCCCAAGCAAGGGUAAGGAAUAAUAAUCUUUACCAUUUAAUCUUGAAAGAGAUUACUGGAAAGUGUCUUAUCUGGGGAGCUUCCUCUUUGCUUCUUUCUUUCUUCCCCCACCCCACUACCUAAACUAGCCUUAAUAAACAAGACAGACAAAACAAUCAUCUCUUAAUUUGUGAAAGAUCUUGAAAUAUAUGACUUGUUGCUUUCUUCUUCUUCUUUCUUUAUUGUUUGUAAGUCAUACAACUAUGCUAGCUUAGAAGGAACUAGAUUUGACAAAGAUGGGGAAAACAAGCAAAUGGCUUAGAAGUAUCUUGACAGGGAAGAAGGACAAGGAUAUUAAGGAGAAAGAGAAAUGUCUAAGUGAUCAGAAUUGUACUCUUGCCACUGACAGUCCCACAACUCCAAUAUCAAUCGCACAGACAACAUCAAAAGAGAAAAGAAGAUGGAGUUUUCGAAGAUCAUCCGCCUCCGCUGCAGCCACUCCAAAGGACUUAAAUUCUACAGAACAGUUUUCCAUGACUCCACCAAGUGUUCUACAGGCUGCAAUGGAAGCCGAGAAUGAGGAGAAAAAGCAUGCCAUGGCUGUUGCAGUAGCCACAGCUGCAGCUGCUGAUGCAGCAGUGGCUGCAGCACAGGCUGCGGCCGCUGUUAUUCGGUUAACUGUGGUAGCCAAUGGAGCCGAGAAUGAUAGUGCAGUUGAAGAGGCUGCGGCCACAAAAAUCCAAUCUUAUUUCCGCUCUUUUCUGGCAAGAAAAGCAUUGUGUGCAUUGAAAGGAUUGGUGAAGUUGCAGGCAUUGGUGAGAGGCCAUCUUGUGAGGAAACAGGCCAAGGCUACUCUCCGGUGUAUGCAAGCCUUGGUGACGGCCCAGGCUCGAGCUCGAGCUCAGAGAAUCCGAAUGGUUGAUGACACAAAGUCUAUUACUAAUCAUAGGCCUUCUACUCCACACAGAAAAUCAGUACAGGACAAUUGGCUCAGGACUAAUCCAUAUAAUGACACAGACAUAGGCAUGGAAGAAAACAUCAAGAUAGUAGAGAUGGAUCUCGGCGGAUCAAAGGGAUCAACAAAGAGCAGAAGCAGCUAUUCAAUUCAAUCACAAACAGAAAAUAAGCCAUUUUCAUCGAAUAAUCGACCAAGCUCAAGACAAGAAAAUUUCCACCAGCAGGUGUCACCAGCACCAUCAGCUCUUACUGACAUGAGUCCAAGAGCUUGCAGUGGCCAUUUUGAGGACUACACAUUUGGCACAGCUCAAAGUAGUCCUCAGUACUACUCUGCAAUUUCCAAACCUGACCCAUCAAAGCUACCAUUUGCCUUUCCAAGGCCAGACUAUGCAGAAGAAUCACUCUCCUAUCAUCAUGAUUACCCUCUGUACCCAAAUUACAUGUCAAACACUAAAUCUUCAAUUGCCAAGGUCCGGUCGCAGAGUGCACCAAAGCAGAGGCCAGACACUCUGGAAAGGCCCCCGAGCCGGCGCAGGGCAUCUAUAGAAGGAAGGAAUGUGCCAAGAGCUGUGAGGAUGCAACGUUCAUCUUCACAUGUUGGUGCAACUGCUCACAACUACCAAUAUCCAUGGUCAAUCAAGCUUGACAGGUCCUUCGUUUCGCUUAAGGACAGUGAGUGUGGCUCAACUAGUACAAUGCUCACUAACACAACAAACUACUACUGCAAAUCUGUUGUGGCCUAUGAUCCUCAUGGGAAUAAGUACUAAUUGCCCAACAACAACAAGAACUAUGCAGAUUUUUUUCAUAGACAAAGUAGUCAAAAUCUUGACGCAGCUUAAUUUCUGACUCAACACAUCUCCAUGUUUCCAUUUUAUUUUAUUUUUUACAUUUAUUUUUCAUUGUAAUUGCAGAAGAAUUGUGUAUCUCGAAGUGUACUUUUUUCUUUUUCUUUUUUUACUGUGCAGAAUUUGUUUCAUUUUGGAUUUUUUUGAUGCUUUAUAAAGCCAUUUGGCAAAUAUUUGCUAAAGUAAAUUGUAAUAGGACAUAAUGUUUAUUGGAAUGAAUGACUCAUCUAUAAAAAUUUGGAAGUGAA